AUGGACUCUAACACAUACCCCGGCUGCAGUAGGACCACAGAUACAGACAUGGUCCUCAACAGCAGCCCAGGUCCGGAUGGUACCAUGGCCCCAGGUGGUGGUGCAGGCCACGCAGAUGGGCAUGGCCCCAGCAGCAGCAGGCUGUCGGACACCAAGGCCCCAGCCUACAAGAAUGCUGACCCUGUGACGAGCGAGGCGCAGCCGCCGGGGCCCGCGCCCUCGGAUGACGCUCCGCUGCCCGGCCCGGGACCCUCGGAUGGCUCCGACGUGGCCGCAGAGAAGGUGGAGGUGGAGCUGUCGAGGUCAACGGGCGACGAGCCCCCCGUCCCCCCCGAGGGCGGCUGGGGCUGGGUGGUGAUGCUGGCGGCCAUGUGGUGCAACGGAUCUGUGUUUGGCAUCCAAAAUGCCUACGGGGUGCUCUUCGUGUCCAUGCAGGACACCUUCGGGGCCAAGGACAGUGACAACAUGGCCUUCAAGACAGCGUGGGUAGGCUCGCUGUCCAUGGGCAUGAUCUUCUUCUGCUGCCCCAUCGUCAGCGUCUUCACGGACAUGUUCGGCUGCCGGAAAACAGCUGUGUUGGGCGCUGCCGUGGGCUUCAUCGGACUCAUGUCCAGUUCUUUCAUAAGCUCCAUCGAGCCUCUGUACCUUACCUAUGGAAUCAUAUUUGCCUGCGGCUGCUCCUUUGCCUACCAGCCUUCACUGGUUAUCUUGGGACACUACUUCAAGAAGCGCCUCGGACUAGUUAACGGCAUCGUCACGGCCGGCAGCAGCGUCUUCACAAUUUUGCUCCCUCUGCUUUUAGGGAAUCUGACCAAGAGCGUGGGCCUCUUGCACACCCUGAGAGUCCUCUGCAUCUUCAUGUUCGUUCUCUUUCUGGCUGGCUUCACUUACCGACCUCUUGUUUCCAGUGCCAAAGAGAAAGAGAGCGAGAGCAGCCGAUUCUCCCUCUUUUCCAGGAGAAAGUUUAGUCCUCCAAAAAAAUUUUUCAAUUUUGCCAUCUUCAAGGUGACAGCUUAUGCAGUGUGGGCUGCUGGAAUACCACUUGCACUUUUUGGAUACUUUGUGCCUUAUGUCCACUUGAUGAACCAUGUAAAGGAAAGAUUCCAAGAUGAAAAGAACAAGGAGGUGCUUUUUAUGUGCAUCGGCAUCACUUCUGGAGUUGGACGCCUUCUCUUUGGCCGCAUUGCAGACUAUGUGCCCGGAAUAAAGAAGGUUUACCUGCAGGUCCUCUCCUUUUUCUUCAUCGGCCUGAUGUCCAUGAUGAUCCCCCUGUGCAACAUCUUCGGGGCCCUCAUUGCUGUCUGCCUGGUCAUGGGUCUCUUCGAUGGAUGUUUCAUUUCCAUCAUGGCCCCCAUCGCCUUUGAACUAGUUGGUCCUCAGGAUGCUUCCCAGGCAAUUGGAUUUCUGCUUGGAUUCAUGUCUAUACCCAUGACUGUAGGUCCUCCAGUUGCAGGGUUACUUCAUGACAAGCUGGGCUCCUAUGAUGUGGCCUUUUACCUUGCUGGAAUCCCUCCCUUUAUUGGAGGCAUUGUGCUUUGUUUAAUCCCGUGGAUCCAUAGUAAGAAGCAAAGAGAAAUCAGUAAAAGCGCUGGAGGGGAGAAGACGGAGAAAAUGCUGGAGAACCAGAGCUCUCUACUGUCAAGUUCCUCUGCUUUCUUCAAAAACCAAUCUGACUCGAUUAUUUAAGGCCCUACAUACCUCCACCUGACUGGAUUCGCUUUUGAAGUUUUCCUUUUCUAUGAACUGCAAAUUUCUUAUUUUUUUAAAUCAUUUUUGGAAUAGCACAAAUGGAAAACAGAACCUUUAUUACUGCAGGAACCAUUUUCUCUCCCCGAAUAGCUUUGAUAUUUCCAGGGAUCUGAGGGAAGAGACUGUUACAGGCAAACACCAAAGCUAUCUCAGUGACAAGCAGCCUUGGAUGCCCGCCGCGGGCGCUGUGUAGCUGGCACAGAUGCACACAGUGUACUUGGAGCUACGCGGAAGGGUAGCAGUUUGGUUCAUACCGGAAGUAUUUUGUUGGUUGCUUCAUAUGGUGUUUUUAGUUCCAGUGUUUUAGUUUCUUCUGCAUUUUGGAACUUUCUGCAAAAAUUUAAGCCUGGAUCCUAGAUAAUAACAGGCCAACCUAAGCCUCAAGUCUGUUAAAUGAUUUAAGCUAUAAUAAAGCUGGGCGAUUCUGCCAUGCUCCAGUGUCAAGGGACCUCCUAGGAGCAGAAGCUGAUAAAUACCCAGGAUGGAGAAGAAGGAGUCCUCUCGUAGGCUGCAAUCAGGCGUGUCCUCCCCUAGCCUUUGCCCCCUUUGGUUUGUAGUGUGUUUUACUCCAGUAGCCAGAAACACCCCAAAUUUCUGAUUUUAUGUAAACAAUAAAGUAAAAUAGAAUGUGUAAAAGA